AUGCCCACCACAACCGAAUACUUGGGCUACACCAUCACCAACCUCGGUCCCUUGACCGCAACCUACACGGCCCCGACAGAAUGCGCUACGGCCACGGAUAACAUCCACAUCACAGAGCCACAGAUGCUCGCUCUCACCUCGAUUUGGACCUCGGUGCUAGAAGACUCUGAGACCCUGGUAUAUUGUUGCCCGAGCGGUUAUACUGGUGACAACUUUCUGAAUUGCCACUCAGUUAUGGGGCCAAUUACCGAGCUCGGCUAUACUGAGGGCUGCAUUCACACCUGGUCCGGCAAAUACUAUACGGAUGUUACAGCAACCUUUGACGGCGCCGAGUCGCCGUACCUCUCAAAGAUAAAGAUCACGGCACAGCCUGGGACAGCAUACUGGACCAAGACAGCUCUGACAGUCGAAGAGGAGAACAUAGCGGUUGCCACAAAAGUACCUGCCGUGGCGCUGGUGUACCAGAGUUCAGACCUGGAGAAGGCAAAAGCGACUGGUGAAAGCGAGAAGAAUGCGGCCGCGGCUCCUCUAUCGGUGAGAGGCAUCACACCGGUGGUGACAGUGGUAGUGAGCAUGCUUGCUGGGGCCGGACUACUAGCGCCCUGGUGA